AUGAGCGCUCCGCGAGUAUACGCCUUGGGAAACUCGCCCUUGGUGUAUUUAAUGUGCAACGAAAUUGCGUCUUUGAGCUUUCAGCCACGAGUCCCAGAGCUUGUUCUUUUAUUACAAGAUCAAAAGAAGUUGAACCGAUUUUUGCACAAUGAGUCCAAAUUAGUCUUGGAGAGACCAAAAGGAGGCUACAAAGGCUCUAAUCAAUACAUGGCAUCGUGUUCCCCCCCUAAAUUUGCUUCUGGAGAAGUUGCCAAAGUCGAUAACGUCAUAAUCGGAGAAAAAACGCCCAAGCUAUUCACAAACGCACUGAAAAAAUACACGAAAUCGAUCCAUAGUGGGACUAAUGUACUUCUUUUGAAUCCAACGGUGGGUCUGGUGGACAUUUUGCGUAAAAAUGUAUGGCAUGAGAGAGAAAAUAGUCCCAAGGUGUUUAUAGGCGUGACCAACGAGCGACACAUUUCCCAGCCCAGCGAGUUCACAACCCACCUUUCAAGCUAUAAAAGCUCUCUCCAGGUUUCGGCAGUUCCAGAUACACAUUUGGGAUAUUCAUACCAGGAAGACGUGCAACAGGCCCAAGAGUUGGCGAAAACUAACUCUUUACUACGAUUGCUCAAAUCUAUAAAUGAAGAGCAGUCAGGCUCCGUCUUUGGAGUUUCGAACAGGUCCUACGGCGAUCUUCUACUGUACAGGUAUGAAGAGCUCAUCACUCAAAGUUGUGUUCUUCCUAUCACCGCGCUCUACGGUCCUCAACCGCAUGAUAUCACGGCCUCAGGAGAGUUGAUGAAGAUAGUACGAAAUCUGGUGCAAGAAUUCACAUACACUAUUCAAGCCACAGACAGAUUUGUCAAUCAAAUACCGCAUUCCUCAGGUGCUUUAGAUCAAGAACGAUUGGUUUCCGCGGUAUGGCGAGCUCUCAAGAGUGAUAGACGAAAGCUGUUUUAUGAAACGAACUUUCACCACAUCAACCAAUUCAAUGGUUUUUUUGCAUUACAGGCCAAAAAGCGCAAUAUAAAGUGUCCCUUUAAUGAGGCAAUGAUGAUAUGCGCCAAAGCCAAACUCGAAUUAGCACACGAUUCCAACUUCAAUCACAGAUCUUUGUAG